AUGGAGAGAAUGUCGUUUCCAACCUUCAAACAAGCACCUAGAGCUUGGUUUUCUAAAUUUUACAAGACUAUCACCCAAUUGAAUUUCUCCUCUAGUGCUCAUGAUUCUGCUCUUUUUACUCGGAAAACUGACAAUGGCACUGUUGUAUUGCUUCUUUAUGUCGAUGACAUGAUUAUCACCGGUGAUGACUCCAUUGGAAUUGAAGAGCUCAAGAAAUUCUUGUGUCAACACUUUGAGAUGAAGGAUCUUGGACCAUUAACUUAUUUUAUGGGGCUUGAAGUAUUAUCUUCAAGUGGUGUCUUGUUUUUGUCACAUGCUAACCAAUUCAUGGCUUCACCACGUUCCACACAUUAUGCUGCCGUCCUCCGGAUUAUUCGAUAUAUCAAGGGUGCCUUAUAUUAUGGUCUUCACUACUCAGCUACAUCCUCAUUGAUUCUUAACGCCUACUCUGAUGUUGACUGGGCCGGUGAUCCAAGUGAUUGCCGUUCUACCACUGGUUUUUGUAUUUUUCUUGGAGAUUCUCUUAUAUCCUGGCGUAGCAAGAAACAAACUUUAACAGCCCGCUCUAGCACUGAAUCUGAAUAUCGUGCUCUUGCUGGCACUACUUCUGAGAUAUUGUGGCUUCGUUGGCUUCUUGCUGAUUUAGAGACAUCAUAA